CCAAAGACAAAAGAGAUUAAGGACACUAACCCAGAUCAGAUACUACUGAUUAGUGAUUAGCAUCAAACAAUGAACCCCCAAGGUAGUCAAGUAAAGGAGGCACCUUUACCAGUGCCACUGGAGAGACUUAAUGACCAAGGCCCUCCACCAUUUCUCAACAAAACCUAUGAAAUUGUGGAAGACUCAACAACCAACCACAUAGUGUCUUGGAGCAAAGGAAACAACAGCUUUGUUGUAUGGGAUCCCCAGGCCUUUGCCAUCAGUCUUCUCCCCAAGUACUUCAAGCACGGCAAUUUCUCUAGCUUUGUCAGGCAGCUCAACACCUAUGGAUUUAGAAAGGUUGACACAGAUAAAUGGGAGUUUGCUCAUGAAGUGUUUCUCAGAGGGCAAAAGCAUCUUUUAGAGAAUAUCAGGAGAAGGAGGACAUCUCAUCAUUAUGGUUCGAAGCAAGAUCUGGACUCUUGCAUUGAGGUUGGAAGUUUCGGAUCAUUAGAUGGAGAGAUUGAUCAGUUGAGGCGCGAUAAGGAGGUUUUGAUGGAGGAACUUGUGAAGCUUAGACAACAGCAGCAGACUGCUAGAGUUCACCUCCAUGGAAUGGAAGAUAGGCUCAAGAGGACAGAGAUGAAACAACAACAGAUGAUGAAUUUCUUGGCAAGAGCAAUGCAGAAUCCCAACUUUAUACAACAAUUGGUACAAAAGAAGGAAAGAAAGAAACAACUUGAGGAAGCAAUUACGAAGAAGAGAAGGCGGUCUAUUGAGGUGGGUGUAUUAGGCCAAGGUAGAGGAGAAGCUGUUGUUAAAGUUGAACCCGAAUAUUAUGGUGACAUAUCUGAGCUGGAUGUUUCAGGGUUAGACAACUUUGCUAUGGACAUGCCAGUGACAGAUGAAAAUGAAAAGGUCCAUGAUGGGGAAGAGUGUAUGGAGAAAGAAGAGGAACAUGAAAGGAGAGGCAAAGAGAUAUCUGAGGUAUUUUGGAAAGAGUUUUUGAAUAAAGGCGUUGAUGAAGAAAUUGAAGUACUCGGUGUUCAAGAAGGAGAUGAGGAAGAUGUCAGUGUGUUGAUUGAGGAACUUGGUUGCUUGGUGUCCAAGCCCGAGUAAAGAAAACGAUCAAGCUUUUUGCACAUAUCUUCAAGGAGCUGGGGUAGGAGAGCUUCCUUCAACAAAUCUUGAUCUUCCCAAGUCGUUUUCUUAUUUGGUAGUGACAACUGAAUCCAAGCACAUUGACACUCGUCCAACGCUUACUGCUUGGUUUCUGCGGUUUCCAUCUGUGCUACUCAUAGAAUCUCCCAAAUUUCUUGGUCUGUUUGUAGCACUGUUUUCUCUUCCUUUCUUGAGUACGAAGAUUAGAAUGCAAUUAUAUUUCAGUCUGUUGUCGGAAGUUAAACCAUGUUUAUUCAGUUUCAUCGUUUUAUGACCUCAAGGUUCAAGUUCUUAAUGGAAAUCCUUGACAAAGUAGUUUCUUA